AUGGCGACUGCAACUCCUGUAACGACUCAAGUCUCCCGUCACCAGCCCACGAACCGUCCUCCAGUCGGUUUUCAAAUCACAGACGUCGAAAGUUGUGUAUUGUACGACCGGCAUGGAGUUUCCGUUCCUUUCCAGAGUUUGUAUCAAGAGCAAAAAUCUAUCAUUAUUUUCGUAAGGCAUUUUCUGUGCUACACCUAAGAAUAUGUCGAGGAUCUCAGCAAAAUAUCACAGGAUGCUCUUCGGGCUGCUGGAGUGAGGGUGGUAAUUAUAGGGCAGUCGGCUCCGCAUCAUAUAAAGCCAUUCUGUUCUCUGACGGGAUGUCCACAUGAAGUGUAUGUCGACCCCGAAAGGCAUAUUUACAGCCGCCUUGGCAUGAGGAGAGGCGAGAUAUUUAUGGAGUCAGCAUCAGCCAGUCUCCAUGUUAAGUCAGGCAUGGUGAUGGGCAGUCUGAAGAGUAUGUGGCGUGCCAUGACCAGCCCUGCGUUUGAUUUCCAAGGAGACCCACUCCAGCAAGGAGGAACCCUGAUAGUUGGACCAGGUCCUGAGGUCCAUCUUGCACAUUUUGAUCUCAAUCGUCUGGACCAUAUGCCCAUACACUGGCUGCUGCAGUUGGCAGGACUGCAGCCGUUAGAUUUCAGAGAACAUCCCAAGGUCAUUGACAUUUGAUAACCUUACGGUGCAAACCCAUGACAGCGACGCGAUACGCUUCCAUCGCUUUGAGUGGGCGUGUUGUAGCGUGUG